AUGAAUGCUGGAAAUGAAAAACGAAAAUACGGUCAGUGGAGUGAAAUAUACAUACAAGCAGCAAUAAGAGUCUAUCGGGGCGGAAACAUUGGUUUUAAUGAGGUUUGCCGCCAGUAUCGAAUUCCAAAACCAACUUUCAGAAGACACCUGAAAUCCUUAAAUGUUCAUGCCAAUAAAGAAAGAAAAAUCCUUGGGCGAUCUUGUACAUUUAGUGAAGAAAUGGAGACAGAAUUAGAACAACAUAUUCUGAAAUUGGAAUCAAUUUUCUUUGGUAUAACUAUCACAGAGGUACGAAAGAUUGCCUUCGAAUUUGCGGAACGCAACGGGCUAAAACACAACUUUAAUACCACUAACAAAAUGGCUGGUAAAAAGUGCUUUUACGCGUUUAUGCGACGCCAUCCUCAAAUUUCACUUAGGCAAUCAGAGUCAACUUCGAUCGCUCGAUGCAAAGACUUUAAUAGGGCCAAUGUUGAUAAAUUUUUUGACAUUUUGGAAAAACUAGUAGAUGAAAAUGCUUUGACGGCUCCUAAAAUAUUCAACGUUGACGAAUCAGGGUUUUCAACUGUGCAAAAAAGAUGCCAGAAAGUAUUAGCAAAGAAAGGAAAAUCUCAAGUUGGUGUUUUGUCUAGCGGCGAGAGAGGAGUCAACACAACGUUUGUAUGCUGUACAAGCGCGGCAGGUCAAUAUGUAGCACCAAUGCUAAUCUUCAAAAGAAAAAGAAUGGUACCGGGUCUAGCAGAAGGGGCUCCUCCUGGUUGUAUAGUUCAGAUAUCAGACACUGUCAAGCCAACCAACGAAGACAAGGUGCUCUUAAUUCUAGAUGGCCACACAACCCACUCAAGAAAUUUAGCAGCUAUAGAACUAGCCCGAGAGAACGGAAUUAUUCUUUUACAGUUACCAGGUCAUACCACUCAUCGGUUGCAAGCUCUGGAUGUGGCGAUAUUUAAACCGUUGCAAGUUUAUUAUGACCAGGCUGUUGAAAAAUGGUUGAGGGAACACUCUGGGCAACCAGUCACGCAGUUUUAA